UCUGCACCGAAUUGUCCUGCAAUUCGGAACUAUUCGGAAUUUCAAAACAUCAAAACAUGGAGUAGCAAGGAGUCUACAGUCAUCACGUUGUUUUGUUGACAAAUGAAGUAACUUCGAUAUACGUGAUUUUGAAUUAUUCAUCGAAGAGCCAUGGCAGCAGAUAUUGAUUUAAAAUCUCGACAGAAGCGUGCAUUGAAGUUUGCGUCAGGCCCACCAAAGGUGGAUCCAAAAAAAUGCUACCUGAACCAGGGGGACGAGGACCAGAUGGAGGUAGAGGGGUACGUUGUGAGUCCUGUGUGGCGGGGGAUGGUUUACGUAGGGGUGGUGCUGACGGUGGGGCUGCUACAGCUGCUGUUCCACUGGCUGCCUCACUGGCUCCUGCGCGCCACACACAGAAAGUGCAGCCUGGCUGAGGCCACUACCCUCCUGCUCAGGGACCAGUAUGAGCAGUGGUUUGUAGUUAAGAUACACACCAUCACCAAAGAUGGAACAAGAGUGGCUGUGUUGACACCGUCGGCUUCAUUCAAUCUGUCGGGGAGGACCAAACGCAAGCAGGCACAACUGCUUCUCAACACUGGACAGGUUCACCGUUCAGAGAGCUCAUUGCGUCAGACCUCAAGAGAUGAGAACUUGGUGCGCUACUUUGAGAUCAAGCGCGUGAAGUACAUAUGGAAUCCAGAUGAAGACAAAUACCAAAAAUUGAGUGGUUUGGAGGCUGACAGCACAUGUUCAUACUUCCAUGAAUCUAGAGGACUCACCUAUGACCAUCAGAGAAAAAGGCGAGUGCUGUACGGCAGCAAUGCUAUCGACGUACAUGUGUCACCCAUAGUGAAACUUCUCUUCAAAGAGGCUUUGACCCCAUUCUACGUGUUCCAAGUGUUCAGCACCUGCGUGUGGUUCUCAGACGAGUAUUACUACUAUGCCUCGUGCAUCAUCAUCAUCUCAGUCCUCUCCCUCAGCACCUCCAUCUACCAAACCAGAAAGAUGGAGAGGGCCUUACGUAACACCAUCCAGACUUCCACCAUUGUGACAGUGUGCAGAGGGGAGGACAUUUAUGAAGACAUCCCUUCUGAGGACCUGGUGCCAGGAGAUGUGAUAGAGAUUCCCAAUCAUGGAGGGAUCAUGCAGUGUGAUGCUGUACUCAUCAGUGGCAAUUGCAUCGUCAAUGAAAGCAUGCUUACAGGAGAGAGUGUGCCGGUGACCAAGACCCCUCUGCCAGACUCCAGGAAGGACCGAGAUGUGAAGUUCAACAUGAAGGAUCAUGCCCGCCACAUCCUGUUCUGUGGAACCCAGGUCAUACAGACACGCUACUAUGGCAACCACAGGGUCAGGGCCGUCGUGCUACGUACAGGGUUUCUUACGUCUAAAGGAGAGCUAGUGCGGGCCAUUCUGUUUCCAAAGCCAGUGGAUUUCAAAUUCAACAGAGACACCUACCUGUUUGUUGCGGUUCUAUUCUCUAUUGCUGCAGUAGGGCUUAUCUAUACAUUAGUUCUCAAGAUCAAGCUAGAUCACCCAGUGCACGAGAUUAUCAAGCGUUCCCUGGAUGUGAUCACCAUAGCGGUGCCCCCAGCGCUGCCAGCUGCCCUCACUGUGGGCAUUGUGUUUGCUCAGGCUCGCAUGAAGAAACGGGAAAUCUACUGCAUCAGCCCCCGCAGCAUCAACAUCUGUGGCAGCAUCAAUGCAGUCUGCUUUGACAAGACUGGUACCCUGACAGAAGAAGGGCUGGAUAUGAUGGGUGUGGUUCCAGUCAAGAGUGGGAGUUUCACUGAGGAGGUCACAAACGUGCAGCUGCUGCCCAGCAAGGACCUUGUGGUUGAAGCCAUGGCAACAUGCCACUCCCUGACCUUGAUUGAAGGUCAGCUGAGGGGUGACCCCCUUGACCUCAUCAUGUUCCAAUCUAUUGGAUGGGUGUUGGAGGAGGCAGGGGAGGAGAGCAGCAGGUUUGACAUGCUGGUUCCCACCAUCGUGUACCCGCAGUCGUCACGGGAACGACUCAUGUCUGCGGAGGAACUCACCAACAUUGCCCAGCCGGGGUCUGAGAUAGGCAUCGUGCGCCAGUUCACCUUCACAUCCAGUGUUCAGCGCAUGUCAGUGAUCACACGACGCCUAGCGGGCACCCAGUUUGAGGUCUUCUGUAAGGGCUCACCAGAGGUCAUCAGCUCCCUGUGUAAACCAGACACUGUACCUGCUGAUUUCCACCGCAUUAUGAUGACCUACACACGCUAUGGGUACCGGGUCCUGGCUCUGGCCUGGAAACAGCUACCGAACAAGUACAACUAUGUCAAAGUGCAGCGCAUACAAAGGGAUGCUGUUGAGAAGGAGCUGACAUUCCUGGGCCUGUUGGUGAUGGAGAACAAGCUGAAACCAGAGACCACACCUGUCAUAGAGCAGCUGAUAGGGGCCAAUAUCAGGACCAUCAUGGUCACAGGUGACAACAUGUUGACAGCCCUGAGUGUUGCUCAUGACUGUAAGAUGGUUGCCGACAGUGACCGGGUGGUGUUGGUAGAGGCCCAGAUUGUGGACACACCAGACGGCCAGGAGCCACAGUGCAGCUUCCAGUAUGAGGAGAGCACGGGAACCAGGCAUUCCUUGAGCAGUCUGGAGCACAUGGAAAAGGAGACUGGUAUAUCUGAGGUGCACAUCUCUGUGGAUGGGGGCAGCUCCAGGGUCAGAUUUGCCAUGACAGGCCGGAGCUGGGAGGUGUUACGACAGCACUUCCCUGACAUACUACACAAGCUAGUUGUGCGAGGCGUCGUGUUUGCCCGGAUGUCUCCAGACCAGAAGGCUCAGCUUGUAGAGUGUCUACAGGACUUGGGGUACUACGUGGCCAUGUGUGGGGAUGGAGCCAAUGACUGUGGGGCCCUCAAGAUGGCACACACAGGCAUAUCUCUGUCUGAGGCAGAGGCAUCAGUUGCCUCCCCUUUCACAUCCAAACAGCCCAACAUCAUGUGUGUCCCUACUGUGAUCAGGGAGGGCAGAGCGGCUCUCGUUACGUCGUUUGGCAUCUUCAAGUACAUGGCCUGCUACAGUCUCACACAGUUUGUCUCUGUCAUCCUUCUGUAUCAUGUGAAUUCCAACUUAACAGAUUUUGAAUUUCUUUACAUUGACUUGGCCCUGCUGCUCACUCUGAGUGUUACAUAUGGUCGUACAGAGGCCUACCCAACGCUGGUGAGGGACCCGCCCCAGCUCAGCCUGACCAGCCCCGCCCCCAUCCUGUCCAUCAUCCUCCAGAUGGUCAUCCAGAUAUCUGCACAGGUGUUCAUCUUCUUCCACGUCCAGCAGCAACCAUGGGUGGUUGGAGAUCAAUGUGAGAACAGAUACGAGGACAACAAUAGGUUCACGCCCCAUGAGAUGGAGGAGGACCGGGACUUUAAAUGUUUCCAGAAUGCAGCGGUGUUCUCCGUGUCAGUGUUCCAGUAUAUCAUUCUUGCUGUUGCCUUCUCCAAGGGCGCCCCCUACAGGAAACCCAUCUACACAAACUACCUGUUUGUUGCCAACCUGCUGGCAUGUGUUGGGUUCAGUGCGUUCCUCACCAUCUACCCCCCUAGCUGGAUGCAGAACUUCUUUGAGCUGGAAUCUCCACCUGUGGUCACCUACAGACUGCUGUUCUUGGGAGUGGCUGCAGUCAACUGCUUUCUCUCUGUGUUGCUUGAGACCUUCUUGUUGGACCAUGAAGUGUUCAGAAGAAAGUUCAAUGCUUUACGAGAGCGUUGCUGCCCAGGUCUCAAGUAUGAGUACUGUCAGAUUGAGGAGGAGAUAGUAGCAACUCCCAGCUGGCCCCCUGUGGGCCUGCAUCCAAUCACAGCCGCGUACAGGCAGCAGGGAACCUUCUCACAUGAGAUAGACGCCAAGGAGACAGAUCAGAUGCUGCCCUGCUCUGCAGACAUGAACAACUGCAGUGAGUCCGUGUAUGGGUCCUCAUCUGCAGGGUAUACGCCCCGCGCCUCCACAGACCGGCCCUUCAUCUCCAGGGCAUCUAUUGGGAGUCUUUCCUCGGAGACCACAGACUAUCUUGACGCCAGUGACCUUCAGGAGAGUGGGCAAUGUGACCAUGACAACAGCAGACACUUGUCAGAUAACCUAGAUGUGUUCACAGACACUAAUGUUUCACUGUGUGAUAUACCAGAAGAACAAAAUAAGGAAUAUCAUGCCUCCUAGCAUAAUACACUGAUAAAGUGCCUUGUAUUAUACACUGAUAUCAUGCCUCCAAGCAUAUUUACUCUAACAAAUAUCUCAAAACUAAUAAAUAUCACUAUUACAUCACAACAAUGUGUGUAUUCAGCAACAUCAUUAAAGGACAAUUGCUAAUAUUCCACAUUCUACCUCUCAUAUUUAUAAUUUAGUUAAAAUAUAAGGUGUUUAAUAUCAGUUUGUAGGUAUAAACUGAACAUCUUAUAUUGUAUAUGUAGACAUACACUUGAAAAUUAAACUCAGAGGUGUUAAAUGAACAUUACAGCAUUUUGUAAUGUGCAGUGUAAAAGCCAAUCUGUUAAAAAAGAUGCAUGUAUGUGUUCUUUUAUCAGUUAGUAUUAAGAGCCAAAUAUUUGUACCAGAGUGUUUUGCAGACCAUUCAGCCUUUAUGGUCAGUAGCAGUAAAGUCAUUGUCUUAUUAUGUUACAUGUAUCAUGCUUUAUUGUCCCCUACCGGUUUCACCGUAGGGGACUUGUGGUUUGCGCUCUGUGCGUCUGUCUGUCUGUCACACUUUUCUGGAUCCUGCAAUAACUUUAAAAGUUCUUCAUAUUUUUUCAUGAAACUUGAAACAUGGAUAGAUGGCAAUAUGGACAUUAUGCACGUCAUUUCAUUUUGUUCCUACGUCACAAAUUCUGGUUGCUAUGGCAACAAAUAAAAAAAUAAUCUGACAAUGGUGGAGCUGGUAGGGGACAUAUAUUGCUUGGCAAUAGUCUUGUUUUGUUUUUUAUCAUGCUUUAUUUUGUUACUUUGUAUGUGCUUUUUAGUGUAUAGUGAACCACACUUUCCAUGUGUACAUAUAUUUAUUCAAGUUUUAUGGAGAUCACCAGAUGUGUGUCUGGCUAAUAUGUGUUUAGAUUAACAAUGCAACAAUAAAUGUGUGUAAUAAUGGUUCACCUCUGUAACUGUGUCUUAUGUACUUUGUCAUUCUGUGUUUGGGCAUAUAUGAUGAUGUGUUAUGACAAAUAUCAUGAUUUAAGUAUGUUAAAGUUAUCAAAGUUGGAAGCCAAUUGGUACUGGGGAGCCUAUUCAGUUUUCAAAGAUUACUAUUUAUAGUAGGGAUGGCAUCGAAUACCUAUAUCGGUAUUCGGAUAUUCGCAAAUCCAUUCAAUCAAUAUUUGAAUAUUUGCAUAAAACAGCUGGAUUGAUUUAGGCGAAAAAUAUCAGAAAAAAAGUGAAACUUGUUCUGUGUUAACUUCCAUUGUUUUGUAAGUUAUAUCUGUUUGCUGAAUACGAGGCUGUUUAUUAAAGUUGCUAUUGAAUAAUUGUAUAGCGGUCGGCUAAUACUAUGACCGAUACUGUAAUCGGGCACAAAUAGAAGGAAAAACAUCAUGUCAUGGAAUUUAAUUUUUAUUUGAAAUUUUAAAGUAACGAUAGCAUGUACAUUUAUAUAAAGAAACAUAUCAAUAAGGCAUGCAAAGUACACCAAAUAUUAAAGAAUAAAUAUAAGGAAAAACAUCAUGUCAUAGAAUUUUAUUUUUAUUUGAAAUUUUAAAAUAAUGAUAUCAUGUACGUUUAUUGAAAAGAAACAUAUCAAUAAGUCAUGCAAAGUACAUCACAAAGCCUGUCGUUGGUGACAGCGCCUUUUUAAUGCGAUUUAUGCUUCAGUAUCGUCCUGGCUCAAGGUCUAAUAGUUCUUGUUGAGACCCUUUCUUAGUGUUUAUAUUGCAUUGCGCAAUUUGAGUAAUUCACACAUUUUAAUGGCUCAACAGUUUGGGGCCUUUCUUAGAGUGUGUAUAUUGUAUUGCGCAAUCAAUGCUGAUACGGGCCGCGUUAUCAGUUUGACACAAAGAACUCCAAGUGAUUUCAGGUGCCACUUAGUAAAUUCAUUAAAUAGUAGGGCAAUUACGUUUGAAACAUAAAUGCAAAUAUGAAUUCUGUUAUUCGAUUACUGACCAUUCAAUCGAAUAAUUUUGCCAUCCCAAAUUUAUAGAGAUUGGAAUAGAGGGAGUAUGUUAUGUACAUGACAAGCAAGAAUAUGUAUCAAGCACCAGAAUACAUGUAGUAUGGAAUAGAUGGUUUUGCUAACUUUGUGUGAUAAAGUAUUUCUGUUUGAUUGAAUGGAUUGCAUGUGAUACCUUUUUGGCCAAAGUCCUUGUUUGAUCUCUGCAUUAUUACUGACAAAAAUGCCAUUUCUGCUGAGACUGGCAUUUAAAUAUGUUGUCAAGAUGCACUUACCAAUGCCCUGGAUUGGUUGUUUCGGAUUGAUGCCCAUCCAUGCAUCUGCUAUACAGCCAGGGUAUUUCCAAAUGAAUACAAAUGAAAGGGCGAUUUCCCACAUUUGUGUUAGAGCUCAUGUUUGAAAAUUAUGUCGCUUCCAAUUAACCUCAUGAACAACUGUCGUUGAACAACACAUGCAAGUUGAACUUUCUUUUUUUAUGUUGAUUAAUUCAGUAUAGCUUUUUCAUAAAUUUUUAUAUGUCUGUAUCCACUUUAAUAAAUAUAUAAGUUUUUCACUUGUUUUAUAGAUGUGCAUGCCCAGUGGGGUUUAGCAUGCUUUUAAAGUGUGUCAUUGACACUGGUGUUGAUGUGAAUGUAUAUUCCCUUCUAGAAUAAUUUACCAUAUAUUUUUAUUUUAAGCUCACCUGAGCACAACAUGUUCAUGGUGAGCUUUUGUGAUCACCUUUUGUCUGUCGUGCAUACUCCAUCGUCAACAUUUUGCCUUGUUAACACUCUAGAGGCCACAUUUAUUGUCUAAUCUUCAUGAAAUUGGUUAGAAGAUUUGUCCCAAUUAUAUCUUGGUCGAGUUUGAAAUGGGUCACAUGAGGUCAAAAACUAAGUCACUAGGUCAAAUUAAAGAAAAAGCCUGUUAACACUCUUAACACAUUUAUUAUCCAAUCUUUAUGAAACUUUGUCAAAACAUUUUUCCCAAUAAUAUCUCAGCCGAGUUCGAAAAUGGUUCAGGUCAGUUGAAAAACAUGGCCACCAGGGGGCGGGGCAGUUUUCCUUAUAUGACUUUUUAAAAACCUUGUUAACACUCUAGAAGUCUUAUUUUUGGUCCAAUCUUAUGAAACUUUGUCAGAACAUUUGUUCUAAUGAUAUCCUCGGCCGAGUUCUAAAAUGGUUCCGAUCCAUUAAAAAACAUGGCCACCCAGUGUGAGGGGCAGUUUGGCUGAUAUGGCUAUAGUAAAACCUUGUUAACACUCUAAGUCACAUUUAUUGUCCAAUCUUCAUAAAACUUGGCCAUAACAUUUGUCUUAAUAAUAGCUCAGUUGAGUUUGAAAAUGGUCUGGUCCAUUGAAAAAUAUGGCCGCCAGGGGCAAGGCAGUUUUCUUAAUAUGUCUAUAGUAAAACCUUUUUAACACUAAGAGUCACAUUUAUAGUCCAAUCUUCAUGUAACUUGGUCAGAACAUUUGUUUUUAUGAUAGCUCAGCUGAGUUCUAAAAUGGUUAAAGUUAGUUGAAAAACAUUGCCAACCGGGGGCGAGGCAGUUUUUUCUUUUACAGCGAUAUUAAAACCAUAUUAACACUCUGGUUGUAAUGAGGAUGUUGGUGCACAAUAAUGAUGAUGAUGAUGAUGGGUGUUGGUGAUACGGGUAAUGGAUUCAGAAACAUUAACAACCCAAAUAUCUAAAAACAAUUAUUGCAAUACUCCAAUUAAUUAUUGCCAUUACUUCAGAUUGUUAUAUUUAUUUUGUAGAAAUUCAGCAUAGUGGUAAAACCAAUAAAACAACAAAAUUGUUACAAAUGAAUCUUACCGUACAUGUUCUAAACUUUACGCACGAAUUUUCAAUAGCUGUAUUGAAGUAAAAAUAAUGUUUCAUAUUAAUUUACAUUAACUGAUACAUAUCAGCUUAUACAUAAAAAUAUAGUUCUGGUUAGGCUAAAUUAACUGAACUUGAACCAAGUAAAACUUGUUUACCUCUCCAGUAGCAUCAACAUUGGUAAAUAUAUAUUCACUUUUGAUUUCUGUUUCCCAUGCAGUCAUUUGUAUUUACAUUGUGUGCAAGAUUUUUUGUUUUGUAUGUUAAGAAUUCCAAAUUUUUACCACUUUAUCAUGUAUUUGUGUGUGUUGCAAGUCCACAUUAAAAUGACAAAACUAC